AUGGUUGUAGUGCCAAAGCAUCGUGAGGAAGAUGUCGCGGAGCCCGUCCUGGCCAACCUGCUGGCCGACGAUCACACUCCUUGGUACAAGAAGCCUAAUUUGAGAUACUUGUAUUUUAUUCUGUUUCCUGCAUGCAUGGGAAUUGAGAUCACCUCGGGAUUCGACUCGCAGAUCAUCAAUACCGUGCAGAUCGUCUACACGUGGAACCAAUAUUUCGGGAAGCCGACUGGGGCCAUUGUCGACGGCAAACCCAAGUAUGAGAUCGAGGCAAAUCUCAAGGGUUUCCUUGGAGCCGCAUAUUCCCUCGGAGCCAUCAUCUCCCUCCCGUUUGUCCCCUGGGUAAACCAGCGAUUCGGCCGACGAUGGACGAUCAUGUUUGGUUCCUGCGUCAGUCUCGUGGGUGCUCUUCUGCAGGGCUUUGCCAACGGAGUCGGCAUGUAUGUCGUCGCGCGGAUGGUCCUUGGAUUUGGCAUUCCCUUCUGCAUCGUUGCUGGGUCUUCCCUCCUGGGUGAAUUGGGAUAUCCCAAGGAACGACCCAUUCUGACCUCGCUGUUCAAUUCUUCGUACUUUAUCGGCCAGAUCAUUGCUGCUUCCGUCGGUUUGGGGACGGUGACCAUCAAAACCGACUGGGCGUGGAGAAUUCCGUCCCUCCUUCAGAUUGCACCGGCCAUGGUGCAGAUUACCUUCGUCAUGCUCCUUCCCGAAAGCCCCCGGUAUUUGAUCAGUAAGGAUCGCCACGAGGAGGCCUUUGACAUCCUGACCAAAUACCAUGCCGAGGGUGACCGCAGCUCGGUCAUCGUGCGAGCCGAAAUUGCGCAGAUCCAACGCACCAUCAAGCUCGAGCUCGAGGAGGCCAAGCAGACGUGGUGGGAUAUGUUCCGCACCGCUGGUAUGCGUCGCCGGUUGUUCAUUACGGCGUUUUUGGGAUUGUUCACCCAGUGGUCGGGCAAUACUUUGAUCUCGUUCGUGCCGCUGUUUUGCCUUCUUGAUAUGUUUUUGCUAAUCAAUGCCAGAUACUACCUGAGUGACCUCCUGGACAUGGUCAACAUUACUGACGGUGUAGUCAAGUCCAAAAUCAACAUCGGCAUUGCGUGCUGGGGUCUCGUCUGCGGCACGACGCUGGCGCUGACUGUUCCUCGAUUCAAACGACGGACGAUGUAUAUAACGUGUGCCUGUUCGUUGCUCUGCGUAUAUAUCGCCUGGACCAUCUCCAUGGAACGCUUCCUGGCUACCCACGCCAAAGCCGCCGCCAUCUUGACCAUUCUCUUCAUUUUCUGCUAUUCGCCGGCUUACAACCUCGGUUACAACGCAUUGACAUAUACCUACCUGAUUGAAAUCUUCCCCUACUUUGGUCGCUCCAGAGGCCUCUCGUGGUUCCAGUUCUACGGACGAGGGUCGACCUUCUUUGCAACCUAUGUGAACCCGGUCGGCUUGAAGAAUAUCGGCUGGAAGUGGCUGCUGGUGUAUUGCUGCUGGUUGGCUUUCGAGCUGGUAUUUAUCUAUUUGUUCUUCCCCGAGACGUAUGGUAGAACUCUCGAGGAGUUGUCUUUCAUGUUCGAGGGCAAAGAAAAGGCCAAUGAAGUGGCUGCAGCUGUUCACAAGCAGCUUGAUCAGGGGCCUGAUGAGAAGGCGCAGGAUGUUCACGUUGAGGUGGCUUCGCGGGCAUGA